AUGAUGUCUCCCUCAUUCACCCUCUUCCCAAAGCUUCCUCCAGAGUUGCGCAUCCAGAUAUGGGAACACGCCCUGCCAGUCAUAGGACCCGCUCUGUGCCGACACAGAGAAGGGCUUUGGCACCCACGAGAGAUCCAGCCAGGCGACAAGGACUAUUCACAACAUCUGCCAAACGUCUGCGUUGACUUUCGUCCUGAAUGGAUGAUACAGAUCCUGGUGGACCACUUGCCUCUCAUACUUGUCAAUCACGAAGCUCAUUUGGUCGCUCUGAAAUGGGCUCGCGAGCAUGGCAUUAGAAGAUCUCCGCAAGCCAAUGACGACACUUUCGUGCGACCGUUUAACCCUCAACACGACAUAAUAUAUGUCGAAGUCAACCAGAUUACAGAUUUCGAUAGGGCGUGUCAGAACCAAUGUUCGAAGGACAAUCUAACAUCAGACGGGGGAAGGAUCAGGCUAACCGAAAGAAGACCUGAACGCGUUGCGAUAUCCGAGAUGGCUUUUCGAAGGGACGACGUGGAGCCUCGCAUCCUCUCACUAAUAAACCAUGCACAUGACGUAUUUGUUAUUGUCGGAGAACAGCCAGACUUUGAGGGGCUGUGGGAAGUUGACAGCAGUCGAGGGAGGUCCGUGAUCUGGAAUCGCAAGAAGAUGCGUUUUGAGAUGGGAGAGGGCGAGUUUAUUACGGACGAAGGGCUUUACAAGAUUAUAGAGGAAAACAAGAAGAGUCUUUCAGAAGAUCUUCGUUAUUUUGUUGACCUCAAAAUCACACCUGCCUUUGCUGUUAGGAGGUGA